AUGGCCAUCUUUGCUAGUUUAUUAAAUCGGGUGUCCCUUUCGUUAAUGGUAAAAGAUGUGCGUCAAACUAGCACUAGGUUUAUAUCGUUGAAAAGCUUAGACAUAUUAUUGAACAAACCUAAACCGGGAUGCGGAAAAUCAUAUCGCCGAAUUGUGCACUUCCCGGAUGAGUAUACCGUAGAACCACUGCGUGUUACAAAUCUAGCCGGCCGCGAUCCGGAAACCGGACGAUUAAUAGCCAAAGGUAUCGGUGGUGGUAUCAAGCACAAGUAUCACUGGAUAAAAUGGGUACGAGAUGGGCCUAGUGAAGGGCCACCUCAGAUCGAAAAGGUCAUUGAUGUGAUUGAUGACGGUUGUCGUACCGCAAAGGUGGCGUUUGUUGCCAUCGGAAACGAAAUGAAGUAUAUUCUAGCAACGGAAAAUAUGAAAGCGGGAGAUUUACUUAAAACAUCACGUUUUAUCCCUCGAAUACCGGUACGCGCAAAUGAAGGAGAUGCCUAUCCGCUAGGAGCUCUUCAGGUUGGUACACAAGUGCAUUGUUUGGAAAGAUAUCCGGGGCAGCCGUGCCAUUUGAUUCAUGCUGCUGGAUCCUAUGGUACAAUUCUUCGUAAGUUUGGUGAUCUCGUCGUUGUUCAGUUGCCUUCGAAACAAGAAUUUGCGUUCCAGCAAACCUGUAUGGCCACUGUAGGCCGUGUUUCGAAUAUCAUGCACAGUAAAACACCGAUCGGUUCUGCUCAAAAAAAUAGAGAACUAGGCAAUCGGCCACGUUCGGGACUAUGGCAACGCAAGGAUGGACGACAUGGCCGGAAGGUACGUCGCCUACCUCCGAUGCGAGUAAUAUCCCCUCUACCUGAAAAAGCCACAGAACCGCUAAAAUUGACCCUUAAAUUUUAACUGGUUCUCAUCAUUUGGUUGGAUCGUACCCAAUGCAAUAAAGCACAUGUAAGCUGCUAAACGUUUGUUUCGUUAAUUGAACAUGUGAUUUAAUCUAGUAUUCAGGCAUGGUUUUACUUUUUUACACACUUAUGCACAAUAGUUCUAACAAUAUAAUUAUACGUCCGAAAACACAAUGCGGUAAACAUCUGCAUAAGUAGUAGCGAAGUGUACUUCUAGCCCU